GACAGAGAGUCAGAGAGAGAGAGAGAGAGAGAGAGAGAGUCAGAGAGAGAGAGAGAGUCAGCUGUCAGCCCCCGCAGCUCGUUGUGCUGCUCCUUCCCCAUCUUCCUCCUCUUCCUCAUCUUCCUCUUCUUCCUCUUCUUCUUCUCCUCCUCCUCCUCCUCCUCCUCAGUCAUCCCAGAUCGCUCACCUGGUCACGUGUUCUUCUUCUGCGGGACACUUUGCAGAGAGAAGUGCGCGGAGUCCGUCUCCUCCGGACAUGGACACGCGACUGCUCUGACUGCGAGAUCGGAUUUUUUUUAUUUUAUUUUAUUUUUUUCUUCCCCUCCCCACUCUGCAAAAUCUUCUUCCAGAACAAUGGAGAGUUGACAGCUUGAGAGGAGCCUGACUAACAGCAGCGUGACAAGAUAAAGAGGAUAAAGGCUCUCUCUUCAGAGGCAGGGCUUUUCAUCAUCUAUUUCAAACUCAUCACACCUACUGCCGUAUCAAGGGACUGACGUGCCAUGGCUGCAUAUGGACAGACUCAGUACAGCCCUGCCCUCCAGCCUGCAGGACCGUACACACCUUACACCCACCACACGCAGGGCUACAGCAUGCCAUCUUACAACAUUAAAACAGAGGAUGGCCUGAGCCACUCUCCGGGACAGACGGGGCUACUGGGCUACUCGAACUUCGGCAGCACUCCUCCCAGUCAGAGCCUCUACGGCUACUCGCACGCACACGGUGGUGGUAUUUCAUCUGGAAUAUUUCAAGGCACCCAUGCGAUCUCCAGCACCACCCCUUUCAACCCGACCCAACAAGAGUUUUCCGCGUACUCGAGCUACAGUCAGAGUCAGUACUCUCCGUACUACAACUCGCAUCACUACAACAGCCCCUACCUAACCAGCAGCAACAUCAGCCCCAGUGCCAUCACAGCUCCAUUAGCCUAUCAGCACCAAGAACACCCUGUCAUGCUGCCCAAUCACAGCCCAGAGUCGCAUACAGGAGAGUACCACCCACCGCCCAGUCCCCCCACACCAGGUAAAGAGGAGGGGGUCCCGGCACGGAGGGGGUCAGACGGGAAGUUGAGAGGGAGGAAGAGAGCCAGUGACCCCGCUCCACCCCUGGACUCCGAUAUAGAGCGAGUGUUUAUCUGGGACCUGGAUGAAACCAUCAUCAUUUUCCAUUCGCUCCUCACGGGAACCUUCUCCUCGCGAUUUGGCAAGGACUCCUCAAAGGCAGUGUCUCUCGGCUUGUGGAUGGAGGAGAUGAUCUUCAAUCUGGCUGACUCGAGACUCUUCUUCAAUGAUCUGGAGGAAUGUGACCAAGUUCAUAUUGAUGACGUGGCAUCAGAUGACAACGGACAGGACCUGAGCACUUACAACUUUGGGUCGGACGGCUUCCAGAGCCCAGCGGGGGCCGGCUCUCUGUGCCUGGGGUCAGGGGUCCACGGAGGGGUAGACUGGAUGAGGAAACUGGCCUUCCGAUACCGCAGAGUCAAGGAGAUCUACAACACGUACAAGAAUAACGUUGGGGGUUUGCUGGGCAGCCCCAAGCGGGAGGAGUGGUUACAGCUGAGGCGAGAGAUGGAGGUCCUCACUGACCUGUGGCUGACUCAGGCACUCAAAGCCCUGGCUCUCAUCAACUCCAGGCCCAACUGUGUGAAUGUGCUGGUGACCACUACUCAACUCAUCCCGGCCCUCUCCAAGGUGCUACUGUACGGCCUGGGCUCAGCCUUCCCCAUAGAGAACAUAUACAGUGCCACCAAAACAGGCAAAGAAAGCUGUUUUGAGCGAGUCUCUCAGAGAUUUGGUCGGAGAGCAGUGUACGUCGUGAUAGGAGAUGGAGCCGAAGAAGAGGCCGUGGCCAAGAAGAAGAACAUGCCGUUCUGGAGGGUGUCCUGUCGGCCCGACCUGGAAGCUCUGAGCCAUGCACUGGAGCUGGACUACCUCUAGGGGGCGCCAGUGAUCACACUCUCGCUCUUGCACCCGAAUCGUGAGAUGCUACCUGAAUUCCUGAGUGCAGCGAGUGGGCGAGUGUGUCCGCAGAGACUGAUUCAGAGUCUGCACUGGCUGUUUGGAGUGAGCACCCUGGCGGACGAUUUCACACCACGGCCGGUCGGGAGCUGCGAGGAGUUCUGAAGCGAGGCUGCUGCACAUCUCCGACACGUAAACAUGCAGACAAAUGAGCAGGACCAAAAAAAUAAACAAGACCAGAGCAACAUAAGGGACCAAAGCUUCAUAACUAACCCCAGGAAAAGUUUUUUAACGUUUAUUUUUCAUUCUUAUUCAGUUCAUCUCAACUCUAUGGUGACAGACUUACAUAACAAAAUGUUGCACUGAAAACAAAAUCUUACAUCAUGUCUGCAUGGAUGAAUGGUGUCUUUUUAUAUUUGUCGUGAGGCUUUGCUCAUUUUUCCGCUGGCCACUACUAUUGUAAAGAAAAAAAUGUUAGAAACAGAGUCGUCGGGUGACGUGGUAAAUGUUCCGCCUUCACCAUCACUUUAGAUUGGUUUGAUUCAUAUGUCGACUAGAUACAUGUCAAGUAACAUCCUCCUCAUAAUUAGAGGCUAUUGAAAAUAGUCUGUACUACAAAUGUGAGCUAUUUAUUAUUGUUCAAUUCCACAACACAUUGAGGUAUAUAUAUAGUUUUGGAGCUUUACUUAAAAAAUAUAUAUAUCACCUUAGAGACCAAAAAUCUGUGUAAAAAAAAAAAGUUUUGAUAAGAAUUUGUCUUGAAGAUGCUGUAUUAUAGACUAGUGCUCAUCCUUACUUUUGAUUCUGGGUUGUAUAUGUUUUCUAUUCUUCUUUUCUGUCCUCGUUUUCAUUCCCUAAUAACCUGUCUGUAAUAUAGAUGAUCUGGUAUGGUUGUGCAUGUGCCGAUUACACUGCCUGACAGCUUAGCUACGAUUUGUAUAUAAUGCUUUAUUGUCCAUUUGUUUGUUUUUUUGACAGAGUGAAAAUAGAUUAAUAAAGAUAAAUUAAUUGCAUUGCGGGGAAAUGCGGGUUGAGUUUCAUUUGAUUUCACUCGAAAUAAAACGUGAGACAAAUUCAUUAA